GGCGGGUGGAGCCGGGACCGGGCUGGAGGCGGGGGCGGUGUCGAACCGAACCGGAGCGGGAACCGGAGCGGGAACCGGAGCGGGAACCGGAGCGGGAACCGGAGCGGGAACCGGAGCGGGAACCGGAGCGCCUGGGGCUGGGGAAGCCGUGGUGGGGCUCGGCCGGGGAGGUCCCGGUACCGCCGAGCAGGGGACGCCCCCCCCCCCCAAAGGGCGUGGAGCCAUGAAGCUGAACGAGCGGAGCCUGGCGUUUUACGCCACCUGCGACUCCCCCGCCGACAACGCCGGCUUCCUCUACAAGCGGGGCGAGCGGCACACGGCCUACCACCGGCGCUGGUUCGUGCUGAAGGGCAACAUGCUCUUCUACUUCGAGGAGCGCGAGAGCCGCGAGCCGGUGGGCGUCAUCGUGCUGGAGGGCUGCACCGUGGAGCUCUGCGACUCGGCCGAGGAGUUCGCCUUCGCCAUCCGCUUCGGCGGCACCAAAUCCCGCACCUACGUGCUGGCGGCCGAGAGCCAGGCCGCCAUGGAGUCGUGGGUGAAGUCGCUGUCGCGGGCCAGCUUCGACUACAUGCGCCUGGUGGUGCGGGAGCUGGAGAAGCAGCUGGAGGAGAUGCGCUGGGGACUGGCCGCUGGCCGCCCGUGCUGCCGGCACGUUCCUGCUGCCUGCAAGCCGCAGCCCUCGGGGCCGGAGCAGUGCCCGGAGCGGCUGCCAGCUCUGCCCGCCGUGCCGCCGAAGGAGAACGGCUGCGCGGUGUGGAACAACACUCCGGGCACCGACCGGCUGCCCGAUGCCACCAGCUGUGACGGCAGCGAUGAUGAGACCAACCCGCGGCCACCGCCGUUGCCACCGCGCAGGCGGGCGUCCAGCGGCGAGCCGGGCAGCGCCGGGGCUGCCACAACCGAGAGCUCCUCUGCUUUCUGCCGGCUCCACGAGCGGUACGGCCGGGAGGUGGCCCGGCUGCAGCAGGACUGGCUGGAGAGGCAGCGCGACCACCAGCCCUGAGACGUGGCCGGACCCCGGUGGCCCGUCCCGUCCCCUCAGUGCCACCUGGGAUGCGCAACCCCUGUGGAUUGCAUUUGUAAAUGCACACUGAACUAUGUCUCCUGGGAGCUCCCGAUGCUCCUUCAGGGGGGUUAUGCACCCACGAGGAUUUUGGGGAGGGUUCAGAUGGGUGUUUCGCUGCUGGGGGGGGGGGCCUGUGCCGCCUUCCCCACCCUGAUCUCAGAUGAGCUCCCUUGCAUCCCUCUGCUCCGGCAGGAUGUGGUUUGAAGAACGAAAUCAUGGGCGCACGCAGGCCUUCCCCAGUGACAGCACAGCACGCAGCGGCUGCCACGCAGCCGGUGCCAGCCGGGGGCUCGUGCGCUGCCGGCAGCCCCGCAGGAACCGGGGUCCUCCGCAGCACGCUGCUCAGCUUCGCCGUGCUCCCGGCCACGUCCCUCGGGGCUUGGGGAUGGACAUUUCAGGGCAGGGCAUCGGCCGCGGGCUGGCUGACAAAGGGGAAGCAUCGUGGCGCCGAACAGGAACGUAUGUGUCAGCGGUGGAGGGUGUCGAGUGAUUCAUGUGCCAAAGCAGAGCACGGCCACCGCCGGCGGUUCGGGGGUCUCCUGCAGACGUUUCUCUGCUGUUUCCCCAGAGGUUUGUACCAGCCCCGACACCACGGGCACAGGGACAGGGGUUUGGCCACCUG